AACAUGAAUGGCUCUGUUGUAUUCAGGUGUUCCAGUUAGAGUGAGCAGGCAUCCGAAGUACCAUGACCCUGAAAUCAAAGCAGCUCAAUAAGUGACGACAGCUACGCUGUACCAACAAGACUAAAAUAAGGCCUAAUGAAAAGGGAGAAAAACACAAUCAAGAGAGAGCGUAAAUGGCUUACUCGCAGAUCCGCCUGAAAAUUCUGCCCAGCGUUCGAUGUCUCUUUGAUAAGCUGGUGCAGGUACAAGUAGAGGGACUCGCUCCUCACAAACAAGUUGAACUGAGGUCCAAACUAGUUGAUGACAGAGGGCUGAUGUUCAAGGCUUCUGCCCUGUACAAAGCAGAUGAAAGCGGCCAGGUGGAUGUCUGCCGUGCACCCUCUCUGGGAGGAAGUUACACCGGAGUGGAGCCCAUGGGUUUGUUUUGGGCCAUGGCACCGGAGACUCCACACAGUAAACCCCUGAAGAAGAAUGUGCUCAGUCCAACACGUGUGGAGAUCGAGGCACUGAGCGCAGACACCGGUGAGCUCUUAGUUUCUGAAACCAACGAGAGAGGAUACAUGACAGAGGGGAUGAAGAGAAUACCUGUAAAAGAGGGAGGAAUACGAGGAGUCCUCUUCGUACCACCAGGAAAGGGGCCAUUCCCAGGAAUAGUGGACUUGUACACAUUUGGUGGACGUCUCACUGAGCCCAGAGCCAGCCUGUUGGCAAAUAAAGGGUUUGUCGUUCUGGCGCUGGCCUACAUGGGCUACGAGGAUUUACCCAAAAACCCUAAAAAGUUGGAUUUGGAGUACUUUGAAGAGGCUGUGACAUAUCUGAGGGGACAGCCAGAGGUUAAAGGUCCUGGGAUCGGCAUCAUAUCGAUCUCUCACAGUGGCGGUUUGGCUCUGUCCAUGUCCUCUUUCCUCUCUGGGAUCUCAGCCACCGUCUGCAUUAAUGGCUGCAAUGCAAAUACGGUGAUUCCUCUACACUACAAAGACCUCAUUAUACCUCCCCUCACCCCUGUUCUGAAGAACAUUACAUUCACUGACUCUGGGCUUUUAUAUAUACGUGAUGGUUUACCUGACCCUUCUUUGGAGAAAAACAGGGCGUCAGUGUUUCCAAUCGAAUGUGCCAGCUGCCACUUCCUGUUUGCUGUUUCUGAAGACGACCACAACUGGAACAGUGUUUUCUUUGCCAACCAGGCUGCUGCUACGCUCAAAAGUCAUGGCAAAGAGUGUUUUCAGGUGGUCACAUACCCUAAAGCUGGACACUUUUUGGAAGUCCCUAACAUGCCUCAUUGUCCCUCUGGGUUUCAUGCAGCGGUAGGGAGCGAGGUGGCGUUUGGUGGGGAGCCAAAAGCCCACUCUGAGGCUCAGUACGAUCUGUGGGAGCGAGUCCAGAAGUUCUUCAAGAGCCACUUGGACAACAAGAGUACUUGUUAGCUCGCAAUGCUGCUUCAAGUGUAUCGAGCAUGCCACAAGGGCUGACGUUAGUAACUCUUAAUACUGCCUUCAGUGUCUAAUGAAUUACAUUUUCAAAGGUGUACUUAGUGAUACUUAAUGAGUAUUCUUAUGUUGCCUGUGUGGAGGAAUGAACAGGAGUACCAGCACGGAAGGUAAGCAAUGUAAUGCAUUGGCCAGCGGCAUCAGAUUUAAAACAUUUUAUUAAACCUAAAAUAUGGACCUAACAAAAAAAUCAGUGUAUACUUUAUUUAGAACAUUUCCCCUGCUUUACAUUGCCAUCAGACAGCCCUUUGCAACAACACACUUAAGCCACUAUAUCCAUCUAUGCUCUCAUUAAACCAUCAGACCUAGACUUAAAAUGACAUUUGACCUUGUGUGGCUUUAUUGUAUUUAAAGGGUUAGUUUGGAUUCACCAAAGCCCAAAACACCAUAAACAAAUUCACCGGAAUUGAGCAGUACAAAGCUUUCCUACUGUACUGGUAUUCGUGUCUUCUUCUGAAAACUGGGGAGGGUGAUCUGCAGUCUACUGUAUGUACUGACUAUGGAGAAGUACCUUUAUACUAACCCACUUCAAAACAGCCAAACCAUUCCUUAAUUUGUUUCCUAAAGACUUGUAUAGCGCUGGAACAAACUCGGCAUGCUGUGGUUCCAAUUUGCACAUCACAAGGUCAUGUAUUCACAUAUAUGUCGUUUCCACCGCAGAUAUUUGAACUUGUAUUGGAAAAUCCCAGGUGAGGCAGAUACCAAACGUAACGAUGCCUCUGUUCCCUUUAAGUUUUCCAUUCAGGCGAGGCAGUAAGUGAGCAUGCACAAUACCAGGACCCUGACCUGAUGCAUCUGAAGGUAAAGGAGCGGUCAUACUGUUAUUAAUUAUAGCUGUGCUCUUCCUACAGUGCAGUGACAAAAUGUCUGCUUGGAAAAUGACCUCCAGUAUCUUUUUACAGAACACUCAGCACAAUUCUAGUUUCAUCAUCCUAAAAUCCUUGUGUCUCUGAUUUAAGUGUUUUCUUUCAGUGUUUGAUUAGAAAAAGGCAAAGUAGUUUAAUGAUGUGUAUUUUGAGUGGCAUCAUAUUGUGACUUGUGGUUGUGUUAUAGUUUUGCAUUGAACAUUAAUAUGAUUGUGUUAUAUUUCAUCUGCUUACAUUAGCCCAGUACUGAAAAGUACAAUUUUGAGAGUGAUAUAUUUUUACAAGUUAAUCCAAACAGCAGCAUAUAGAAUAGUUGAAAUGAUCUCUAUCUCUUACAAGCUGCAACAUAUAAGAAAACACUCAUGAAUCCAUCAUUGUAAUACAGCAAUAUCAAAUAUAUAAAACUGAAUUGGGCCAUUAUCUAUGAAAAGUACAGAAACUGUUCGUGUUUAAAAUACAGGACAGCUACUCUUAACAAAGUAAUCAUAGAGGAAAAGAUUUAGAUAAUGAAGCUAAAGUAAAUGUGUAAUUCCAAAUGAUUUAGGAUCGCAGUCUUACACUACGUCAGUAAGCAAUUGCAUCAUUUUGUUUCAUCAUCCUUAUUAUAACGCAUGAUCUAUCAGUGGCUUUAUGAGACGUGAGGAACAGCAGAGGCAUUAAUUAGUCUCCCAGACAAAGACUCCAUGAAUAUGAAUCAUAAUUUGAUUAAUAUUGGUCUCUAGUGGCAGCUCAGCCGUCCUACAUCUAUCUUUGAUGUCUCUUACAGAUAAUAAAGUACAAUGUAAGGUGGUUAUCGUGUACACCAUUGCACUUUGUACGCCGCUGCUAAAUGUCCAUUGCUGUAUGCACGCAGCCCAUUGGUUGGGUUUCAUAUAUAAAUCGCUUCUUGGACUGGUCCCUUUUUAUCUUUGCACUGAAUUAGGGAAAAAAGCUUUUAAAUUUGCAGCCCCUCCUAAUAGAAAUGUAGCUGAAAUUGUCAGAUUUGAUAACUAUGGGGGAGUUCAAGUCCAUUUUAAAGGAAAAGGAACAAAAUACUCUUGGUGGUUGUGGUUGCUCUUUUAACCCUUAAAUGAAGUUGUCAGUUUUUCUGCUUUUAACAGUAUCUUUUGUUUCCAUACUGACUGGUUUUUACCGUUUCUUUUGUCUUUUGUGUUGUAUUCAUCUGCCUGUAUUGUUUGUUGUAACGCUGUUCGUGCUGCUUUUCUUGGUCUGGUUUCUCUUGGAAAAGAGAUUUGAAUCUCAAUGAGACUUAUCUGGUUAAAUAAAGGAUAUAUAAACACA